GAAAUCGUUUUAAGGAUAACUUCUUAAUAAAGUCAUUUUCUUGAUAAAGUAUUAAGAACCGGAAAUGGCAGUGGUUUUUAGAUGUGCUAUUUUAAUUUCUAUGUGUUGUGUGGUUUAUUGUUUAGCAGAUGUUAUAGAUAUGUGCCAUAAUAAGAAUCCUAGUCCAUGUCAACUAGUAAAGACAUAUAAAUCAAUUACGGAUUACAAAAAUAAAUCAUCUUAUCAUCCGGUCAUAACUGUUAAUAAAUGUAUCAGCAAUCAUGAAUUCUUUAAAUGCAUACCAACGAUACGGAAUAUAACAAUCAGUGUGCCUAAGAAUAAAACAUGUACACAAGUUACUAUUGAAGACCACAUUAAGUGUACAGCCAAGCUCAUCAAAAAGAAAAACUGUACUGAUGUUGUUUGCACAACCGGAACUCUUCCAAAUCCACGUGACAAUUAUGUAAAUUUCCAAAAAGGGAUCCAAGAAGGAAGGGCAAGAAAAAAAAACCGCAAAUGACUUAAAUCGAGUCCGUAAAUCUGAUG